CAGGUGAGGUGAGGUCAGGUGAGGUGAGGUGAGGUGAGGUGAGGUGAGGUGAGGUGAGGUGAGGGGCCAUGCUAAUCUUCUCUGUAUCAUUCCAAUUUUGACGGGUUACAAAGGACACACAAGUAGUAUGUGUGUGCGUCUGUCCUGUCUAUCUUUUCUUGCAUUGUGCACAAUGUACAUAUAGUAUACAUUGUAUUAAAGGAUCGUGGCCGUUCAAUGGCUGUCAUAUUAUGCGUACUGCUCUCAUCUGUCUGAUCGUAUAUUUUAGAUCCUGUGGCAGCAAGGAAAUGAAUGCUUCUUAUAUUCCUUUCACUAAGCAUUCCUUUUAUGACCUGUCUAGGAAUUACAAAAUCAUGGGGAGGCGUUGCACACACUGGUGGAGAGUUGGGGCAGAGGCAGAGGCAGAGGCGACUUUCACUGCGUUUUACUCCCAGGACUUUGAGACCUUUUUCACACAUUAUGUAGCCCCAAACCUUUUGUACUAGUCUGAUUAUGCAGGAUCCAAACUCUCUUAAUUAACAGUUAGCUCUCUGUGUAGCAGUUGGCCAUGUGGGCUAAAACAUCUUUAUGAAGUGAGACAAAAAUAUGCAAAUCUGCUGGUCAGCGUCGCCAAAGCCCUCUGAAUUUGGUCAAUGCUGAGCUAUCUGAAUUUGGACAUACUUCUGAAUAGUUCUGCGUGCGUGUAUUCAACCACUAUGAGCAUCUGGAGAGAAGGCGUCCACAUAGGUGAGUUUCUUGAUCCGGUCGAGGAGGCCUCCCAUGGUUAUCUGGACCUCAAGCUCGACCACUGCGUUUACUGGAAGAAACACUGGGCGGGGCGGCGGCCAUGCGCUCUAACACUCGGCAUGGAGCGGGUAGAAGCUAGAAGUCACUCAUCCAAGCAGCCACUGUACAUGGAGCAGUGGCACCAGUUAACAAGUGCUGCAAGAAAAAAGGUCGACCUGAUAAAAGCAGAUGAUAGCCAAGCGGUUUGUGCAGCGAUUGAUCACAGCGAUUGGCAAUUGCAAUCUAAAGCUGAACAUCAGCCGGAGGAUUGGGAACAAGAGCAACAUCAGCAGCUGCAGGGCAGUGAGAAGUAUGGCCAAAAGAACUUAAAGAAGACGAAUCAUCAGCAGGAGGGUUGCCAGAAGCAGGAUUGGCAGCAGCAGCCGAAUCAACAGCCGGAUCAGGAACAUGAACAACAGAAGCAGCAGCAGCUGCAUGAUCAGGAGCACGAGGAUCACAGGCGGCAGCAACAGCAGGAGGAGGAGGAGGAGGAGGAGGAUCGACACCAGGAUCAGGCACAGGUUCAGCGGCAGCAGGAGGAUAGGCAGCAGCAAGACCAACAGCAGGACCAGGAACAUGAUCGAGAGCAACAGUGGCAUCAACUGAAGAACCAGGAACAGUUUCAAGCACAGCCUAAAGGUCAGCAGCAGCAGCAGCAGGACAAGCAGAAGCCUUAUCAGCAGCAGCAGCAGCAGCAGCAGGACAGGCGGCAGCAUAAAUAUCAUCAGCAACAGGAGGAUAGGCAGCCGGAUCAGCAUCAGCUGCAGGAUCGGCACCAGCAGCAGGAUUGCUACAAACAGCAGGAUCAGAAUAAGAGGCAGGGUCAGCAGCAGCUGCUGGAUGAUUAUCAGCAGCAGCUGCUGGAUGAUUAUCAGCAGCAGGGCCAGAACCUGGAGGACCAGCAACAGUGGCAGCAGGAGGAGGAGGAUCAUGGUGAGGAGAACUAUAAGCUGCAGGAGCAACUGCCGGAUGACCAGAAGAAGCAACAGGAAGUGCAGGAACAUGUCUGUCCUGAUGUGCUGACAAAGGCAAAGAGAAAAAGAGUGAAGACGAGAAAAACAUACAUGCCAAAUGUGAGGGAGCUGGAAGCUAUUGAGCGUCACAAUGAAUGCCGUGCAUUUUUAGUUUCGGCCUUUGAGGAAUUCAAGGCAAGGGGAUGCAGAGGCACCGUCACUGGAGAGCAAGGAUGCAUGAGCACUGUUAGAAGAUCUUCAUUUGGUGAUACCAGGGAUGAAGCCGUUGCAGACCAUGGGGCCACAUCUGACACACAUGGGCCCGACAAUAACUGUGAGGAAUUUGGUGCAAGGGAGGUGUGCUUAAACUCUUCCAUGAGAACUGAGCGGCUGGAGGAGACUUGUGCUAGAGCACUUGACAGCGAGGAGGUGGACUUUGUUGCGCUUCAGAGGGAAGCGUCAGAGGCUGCUAGCCAUGGCUACGGAAACUGCCGUGAAGUCUGCACUCCAUCUGUCAAUUCAUGGAUCCGCCUUCAGUGUCCCGAAGAUAAUUUCUGGGCAAAUUCAGAACUGUCAGUUUCUUCAUCUUUAUCUUUAGAUGAAGCACGUCACACCUCCUACGAUACUCCAAAUGCCACUUCAAAUUCCACUUCAAAUGCCACGUCGAAUGCGUCUGAAGAUCAGCGAUCAAUCUGGCUUCCAUUAGUCAACAAUGUCAUCUCCAAUCCUUAUGCAGAGGAGAUGGUUGGAUCUAUUAUGGGUCGGUCGUUCAUAAUACCACCAUUUUCAACGUUCCUUUGUUCGGAUUUAAGCGAGCUUCACCGAAUGGUACCAGUCUCUCGAGCAGGUGGGUACAACCUGAUUGUCCUUGAUCCGCCGUGGGAAAACAAGAGCGUGCACCGUAAGGACGUCUACCCCACUUUGCCGAACCGCUAUUUGCUCUCCUUGCCGGUUGCAUCUCUGGCUCAUGAAGAUGGUGCAUUGGUUGCGUUAUGGGUGACUUGUCGCGAGAAGCUUCGGCGGUUUGCUGAAAAUGAAUUGUUUCCCAAGUGGGGGGUGGAUUUGGUGGCCACAUGGUACUGGCUGAAGGUGUCCGACAAGGGAGAGAUGGUGAGCCCACUAGAUUUAGCACACCACAGACCCUACGAGCCGCUCCUCUUGGGCUUCCUCCCCCCAACUCGUCAAUCUGCAAGAAAAAGGCGCAAGUGCUGGCAGGAGAUAGCACCAGCAGCUGCUGCGAAAGAUGGGCUGGAUAGCGAGCAUGCGCGGCUUCUGGGCAGCAGCUCUGAAACAACAACAUUUCGGCAGCAACUUGUCAAAGGCGACGAAGGAGACUCCAUGUGGUCGAUGAUGACCUAUCGCAAAUCAGAAGACCUCCAAAACGCGCGGAUACAGGUGUGUGAUUGUGACAGUCCGCCGUCCAUGAAUCGAAAGAAGGACGAUGGCAACGAUGCAUGUAUGAGCAGGAAUUGUUGUGGUCCCCCUCACGUGCAGAGCGACGAGGGUGGUGCUCGUACUAAUUCUCACAGGAAUGGUUUCUGCGAAAGGAGCAGCGAUAUAUCUGUGACGCAGGAGCACACCUUCUGGGAUGUUCGCGGUGAACUUUCAGGUCUUGAGAGGACUCCAACAAUAACUGGGAAGAGGAGGGGUUUUCAAGGGGAGGAACAACCCUGUCGUGUUCCAGACCAUUUUGUGAUCAUUAGUAGACCUGGCGCGCAUUCACGAAAGCCAGUGCUUAGACGCCUUUUAGAGGGGUUUGUACCUGGGCAAGGAGUUGUGAAACCAUUAGAGCUGUUUGCCAGGAAUCUAUUACCAGGAUGGACAUCGUGGGGGAAUGAACCUCUGAAGUUCCAAGACCAGAAAUAUUUCCUUUCGAAGGGAAGACUCUUCACCACCCUAAUGAGUCACAAAAUGGUUCAGUGAGGUUCCCUGCUCAUCCAUGUGCGUGUUGUUUUUCCCCAUGUCACUAUGAUCAUGUUCAGAUGAAUCCGACGAUGAUUGCCGUCAGCGGGCAACAGAUAAGCUGGUAUUGAUGGGCCCAGAGGUAGUGUCUCAUAUGUAAGAGGCCCCCUUAGGUGGUACUUCCACUAGGACUUUCUUGGAUGUAUCUGCCCCAAUCUUGGCCAAAUAUUCAGCCGGAAAAGGAAAACCGUCAUAUUCACUUCCAGUUUUAAUUCUCUUGAACCUUAGGAAAUGAGGGCUAUACUCACACUAGGCCCUCAAAAUCGCAAAAUGAACGCCCAGAUCAAGU